AGUUAACCUAGAGUCGAUGCUCAAACUAUGUAACAUUUAGAAUGUAUUGCGUUUGACAUAGGGCAUUCAAGCAGGCAAAGCAAGCGACAAUGGCAGCUUACCUAAUUUUGCUACUAACAGCGAUUGCACUGGAUGUAGUUAAAGUCAUAGAUGGAUCCCUCACGCAGCGAAAACUUGACUACAUUGCUGACAAUCUAGAUAUCACAUAUGAAGUUGUCAGUAACUUCAAGCCUAAUGAUGCCACUUAUACAGGAAAAAUCACCCUGACGAAUUCUGGCCAAAAGGUUAUCACCAAUGAUGCAUGGGCCAUAUACUUUUGCCAUAUAAAGUUAAUAAAAGAGUCAAAAAUAUAUCAUGGCAAUUACAUAGACGACCCGUAUGGAUACACUGACCCCAAUACUGGUGCAAAAUGGUCCCAUGUAAAUGGUUGUUUGUUUAAACUCGAACCAACUACCACAUUUAAGAAUAUCGCUGUUGGUGACUCGCGUGAAAUUUCGUUCAUUGCUGGAGAGUGGAUGGUUUCUCGAAGUGAUGUUAUGCCCAACUGGUAUGUGGCAGCGGAUGGUCUUGAGCCCCGUACGAUUCAAAGUACAGUCUCCGAAGAUCUUGACUUUGUGUCUGCAUUUGAUUCGAUUGAGAAAUGGAAACGAUACGAAAGUGACAAGUAUGAUCCCUAUACCCCCGAAAAGCGAUUCACUAUCAAUGCUGUCCAAGAUGAUAUUGGUGCUGCUCAACACUUAGUUCUCCCAACACCUGUCAAAGUAGAGGUAGAUGCCACAUCGACUGUUUCCAUAUCAACUGGAGACUGGGCCAUAGUGAUAAAGGAUAAUUUGCACCAAGAAGCUAAAUAUCUAUCAGAAAAACUGCCAAUGGGAACAACUACAGUUACUCCAAGCUCUAAGUAUGUGCUGCUUCAAGUGAACACAAACUUGCUUGUGGAUGGCCAAACCAACAGUAACAGUGAAGCUUACACACUUGUAGUUGACACAAGUAGCCAGGUGAUUACCCUAGAGGGCAAGAGUCCUACAGGUGUAUUCUGGGCUGUCCAGUCGCUUAUAAGUAUCCACGAUGGUUCCAAUGGGAGUAUUCCUGCUGUGACACUCAGUGAUCAACCUAGAUAUAACUACAGAGGUAUGCAUUUUGAUGUGGCUAGGAACUUCCACAGUAAAGAAAGCAUAAUGAGACUCAUCGAUGGCAUGUCCCUUUAUAAGAUGAACAAACUCCACAUUCACCUAACUGAUGAUGAAGGAUGGAGACUCGAGAUUCAGGGCCUUCCAGAACUCACAGAGGUAAAUACAAAUGUACGGUGUUCAGAACUCUUUAGUUUUCUCCUCAUAUACGUAGAUAGUGCUUUGUAA